GCAGCAGCCAUAACAAUCACAGCCGUGGGAACCGUGGCAGUGCCGCCAAGAGAGGACGCGGCCGCAAGUCGAACCUGCUGUGCGCGAGCUGCUGGAAACGGAGGUCAACUACGUCAAGCUGCUGGCUGCCAUUUGUGACGGGUAUCUGCCGGCCAUGAGCAAGCGCAUCGACAUAUUCUCGCCGAACAGCAUCCGCCUGAUCUUCUCGAACAUAGCGGCCAUCUACAAGUUCCAGAAAAAGUUCCUCGAGGCGUUGCGCAGGGGAAUCGAGCAGAACCAAAUCGCGAAGGUGUUCCUGAAAAUGCACAAGGGAUUCCUGUGCUACUCCAACUACUGCAACGCCUAUCCCCGGGCCCUUAUCGAGCUGGAGUCCUACGAUCGUGUCAAGGAUGCACGCACCAUUCUGGAGAAUUGCCGCGAGUCGGAGAACCUGGCCGAGCUGCCACUCUCCGCCCACCUGCUGGCUCCCGUGCAACGCAUCUGCCGCUAUCCCCUGCACCUCAGCGAGAUUAUCAAGCCAACGCGUGCUUCUGCUGCCAACACGGGCAGCGAUGGCGAAAAAGCUGAAAAACCCUCGGCCCCUGACUACGAACAGCUCGACGUCAACGAGAUGGACAUACCCGACACGUACGAGACCGUAAACCUGGCGCUGGAGGCCAUGCGCGGCAUCACUGAGGCGGUCAAUGAGGGCAAACGCCACAGCGAGACCAUUGCGAGGCACCAGGCCAGCUUUCAGAACUUCAAGGGCCCGCCGCUGCAUCUGCACAGCGCACGCUUCUUCCUGCAGGUGGACGCCACACGCCAGAAGCAGAAUCUGUGGAACAGCAGCUACACCCUGUUCCUGUUCGACAACCAGCUGGUCUACUGCAAGCGCGACAUCAUCAAACGCAGCCACUUCAUUUACAAGGGGCGCAUAUUCCUCGACCGCUGUCGCGUGGUGAACGUGCGGGAUGGCAAGAUGUUCGGGCACACGAUCAAGAACUCGCUGCGGAUCUACUGCGAGUCGCGGGACAAGUGGUACGACUUCAGCUUCCGCUCGGCGAACCGCAAGCACCGCUUCCUCAACACCCUCGCCCUCGAGCGGCAGUUCGGCGGCAAGGCCCUCUACGUAUCGGAGAUGACUGGCUUCGAGUACAACUACGAGGAGCGGCCGGGCGACUUUUCCGAUCAGUCGGACUACGAGCUGCCCGACUUUGAGCACGCCAUGUGCGGCGGCACAUCGGCCAGUGGGGAGAGCUCCGUUCCGGAAUCGCCGGCCAAGUCAGCGUCCCGGUUCUCCGAUACUUUGCCGAAAAAAUCGCAGUCCCGCGAUGGCUUCGCCAGCGUGGACAACUCCCAGAUGCUGUCGACGACAUCGACGGGUUCGCUGGGACGACGCCGCAUUGGCAACUGGUUCCGCAAGCCAAAGAGCACCAACUGCACGCCCAGCCAGUCGCCGACGCACAAGCCGUGCUUUGACGCCGAUGAGACUCUGACAGCGGCCCGUGUGGCAGCCAUCGAGCUGGCCGAGGCCGCCGCCUCGCUCUUGCCAACCGAUAGUUCAUCCGCCUAAGCACACAGAGAAUAUCAGAAUACUGAAUACAGAACACAGAAUACAGAAUAUUAUACAUACAUCCAGGCCUGUGCGAAGAAGGCGCAUACUAUUUGUUAUGUUACAUUAUUGUUAAUGUUAAAUUGCCUCUACCAAUUGAAAAAAGUAAACAAAACUAACGAGUGUUACAGUAUAUUUUAGAAUUUUUUUUUCCAUUUUUUUUUUUUUUGUAAAUCUUUUGUCGUUUGAGGAUUUCUAGACGGCAAAUCGAUAAACGUGGUAAUAAGUUAUGUAUUUAGAUUUUUAGAUUUACCAAAAACAAAACAAAACAAAAAUAAUGUAUACUUGUGGCAUUUGAAGGCAGCUUUCGAUAAAAGUGCCAGAUGCUGGUGUCGCCGACUGCUAGUCUAAAAACCCUAUUACCUAUUACCUACUACCUGUCCGUAUAAUCCUAAUUUAUGUGAUAAGGCGAUAAUAAAUUCCUGCAAAUUACACCAUUA